AUGAAUAUUAUAGAAUUAUUAUUAUCUUUUAUUGGGAGUUUACUAUUAAUUAUUUGUGUUUUAGUUAGAGUGGCUUUUUUGACUCUUUUAGAGCGAAAAGUGUUAGGGUACAUUCAGAUUCGAAAGGGACCUAAUAAGGUUGGACUUAUAGGAAUUCCUCAGCCUUUUUGUGAUGCAGUUAAGUUAUUUACGAAGGAGCAAACUUACCCUUUAGUUUCUAAUUAUAUUUCUUAUUAUUUUUCGCCUGUUUUUUCUUUCUUUUUGUCACUUUCGUUAUGAAUAUGCAUACCUUAUCUAGUAAAUUUGUAUUCUUUUAAUAUAGGAAUUUUAUUUUUUUUAUGUUGUACUAGCUUGGGGGCCUAUACUGUAAUAAUUGCUGGAUGGUCAUCAAAUUCAAAUUAUGCUUUAUUAGGUGGGUUACGAUCUGUUGCUCAGACAAUUUCAUAUGAAGUUAGUUUGAUUUUGAUUUUAUUAUCUUUUGUGUUUUUGAUUGGGGGCUAUAAUUUUAUUGAUUUUUUUUUGUAUCAAAAAUAUAUUUGAUUUGUAAGUUUAUCUUUUCCGUUGGGGCUGAUUUGGUUUGUUUCUAGUUUAGCCGAAACUAACCGAACUCCAUUCGAUUUUGCUGAGGGUGAAUCAGAAUUAGUAUCAGGGUUUAAUGUAGAGUAUAGAAGAGGUGGAUUUGCUCUAAUUUUUUUAGCGGAAUAUUCAAGAAUUUUAUUUAUAAGAAUACUUUUUUCUUUAUUGUUUUUGGGGGGGAUAAUUAAUAGUGUGGUGUUUUUUUUUGAACUAGUUUUUAUUUCUUUUUUAUUUAUUUGAGUUCGGGGGACUUUACCUCGGUUUCGAUAUGAUAAGUUAAUAUAUUUAGCCUGAAAAAGUUUUUUACCCCUAUCAUUAAAUUAUUUAAUUUUUUUUAUUGGAAUUAAGUUAUUUUUGUUAAGAUUAAUUAUUUGAAUAAAUUUUAGUAAAGUUAAUAGAAAGUUACAUUUCUAUCCUAUGUUUUCAAAACAUAAGCUUAUUCAAGCUCAUUAA